AUGGCAAGGGGCAAAAAGAAGGGGCCUGUUGACGUCUUUGCGACGCUGUCGCUGUCGAACAGUGUGGGGGCGGCUGCGGGUGUCGUUGAGCCGACGGAGGUGAACGUCGCGGAGCUGCUGGACACGACAUUAGUGAUUACCCCCGCCAUCCCACGCGUGGAGGUGAGUCUCAACAUUCAGUUUCGCUGCACCGUCCCGCUUGUCGAGGGGGACAUGCUUCAGGUGCAGCUGCCUGGAUUUCGCGGUAGAGCCUCACUUUUCACACCCGAGAGCGCACCUAUGCAAACCAUGGUGGCAUCGCCACGCUACUUUCGUGCUUACUGGUCUGGUGAGGGGGGGAAAAAAGGCAAGGGACCUGGGAAGCAGUUGCUGUUGCUUCGGUGUGUUCGCCGCGUGGAGGCGCAGCAACUUGUGAUGAUCGAUGUUCCGCGUUCGCUAAGGCUGGUAUCCCCGGACAAACUCCCACAGAACUCCUCCAAGCUUAAGAUAAGUGGUGUGGUGAGGCACGCCGAUGGUGGGAAGAUACCGAAGCAGGUAUUCAUCUCCUCCACUGAGCUGAAAAAGCGACCUGUGGCGGAUGAGAUUAAGGAGUACAAAACGCUUAUGGCUAGCCUCGAUCAGGCAGGUGGACUAGAGGAGGCGGACAUACACGUGGCCGAGGAGCUUUCCGUUGAGGAGGUGGAUCACAUAUGGGAAUCCGCGCAUGACCGCUGCCCGUACCCUAUUGCGCUCCAAUGGCACAUUGCCGUCUCCGUCUUUCGCGACUACGAAGCCUUUGGGCUGUUGCUAAAGACGAUUAUGGAAGGGGCCAUCGCAUCAGUCAAGCGACAAAAGAAGUCAUUAGCUCUUUACCGUGAAAUUGCAAAGAAUCUGGGCGUGAAGGUUGGCGCCGUUAUUCUCUUUCAAGAUGUACUGAGUACAUUAUACGGUUUCCUGUAUCCGAGUCUUCCUGGGACGCUGUUGUUGGCUAUUCGCCUCUUCACCAUGGAGCCUACCGACGUUGCUCGUACCUUCUUGACCAGCGAACUACCUCAGCUGUCGCUGGCGCAGGAAAUCUAUAGCAGCUUCCGUACGGGUGACCUGGAAGGUCUAAAAAGGUGGAGCCAUACCGUCGCAACUUUGCUUCUCGCUGUUGGCACUCCCGCUGCGUCCCAGGAGCUGCAUGCAGAGGCUCGAUCGUUGCCAGUGUUGUACUACGGUAUUAAGGAGGUUCCGCAGGAUGAGCUUCGCUACGUACGGGAAACUCCUGAGAAUGAGUGGUACAUGUUUCCAUUUCUUGCCUUGGCGCGACCUGGUGUAAACUGGACAGAUGAGGAGGCCUUCCCUGUGCCAGAUAAUGCGGUGCUAUUCGAGAUUCACGAUGCUGUGGAUGGGUUGGAUACAUGUGACCUCUCGAUGUACCCGUAUGAUCGGGAGUGGUUGCUGCCGUUUUUUUCCUUCUUUCGCGUGAAGGAGGUUAAGGUGUACGAAGACCGCAACGGGCUUACACAUGUUGUGCUGGACAUGCAAGGUUGUCUGCAUCGCUCCUCUAAGGAUCCCAUGAUUCCUGAGGACGACCGCGCCGUGGUGAUGAUGAUGGUAAAGAAGCUGCGCAACGAGGCUGAAAGGCUCACCUACUGUGCCCGCUUCAUCGCUAAGCACACCUACCUGCACGUCAGCCUAAACGAGCGGCUUCGGCUGCAGCCACAGACGCUGCUCCAGGCGCAAUAUGUGGAUCACUACUUUGAGGUGAAACGCUUUUCCCAGGCCAAGAUGACCGUGGAGGAGGGUGUCGUCAAUUGGCAGGUCUGCACUAGCCCGGCGCAAUUGAUAGACCCAGUGGAGAGCGUCAUCAAACAUGCGGUGUGGGAGUCGAUGCCACGCAAGUUUGCCCUCCUGGCAGAGCAGUGCUUUCUCAGCAGAACACGGUUCAAGAAGGUCUUUGAGGUUCAAGGCAUCAUGCUGGACUUUGUGGGAUACGUGUGCGACUACGCUGGGAAAGGACCGCGGCCCAUGCGGAGACUUUUACGAAAACGUGUCACCCACGAAGCGCCCUUGCCUGUAUUUGAGGAGCUGCAGCAAUGA